AUGACUUCCAUAGACCUUCGUGAUGCCUACUAUAGCGUUCCUAUCCCACCAGAACAUAGAAAAUAUCUUAAAUUUAUGUGGCGAGGUGUAUUAUAUCAAUUCACAUCUUUGCCGAUGGGACUUACAAGUAGCCCACGUCUUUUUACUAAAAUUAUGAAACCUGUGUUUGCUACUUUACACAGCCGAUAUGGCCACUGUUGUUUGGGCUAUAUUGACGAUUCAAUCUACAUUGACGAUACGGUAAAGUUAUCUGAAGAGGCCACAUUAAAUGCAACCCAAUUGAUCACUCGGUUGGGUUUUGUUGUCCAUCCGACUAAGUCGAUUUUUGAAUCCACACAAAUUUUGGAAUUUUUAGGAUUUUUGCUCAAUUCUCAUAUCAUGACAGUUACACUAACCAGCAAGAAAGUAACAAAAAUAGCAGCUGCAUGUGAACAUUUACUAAAACAGUCAAUUAUUAUUCGAGAACUUGCAUCAUUAAUUGGAACUUUAGUUUCCACGUUUCCAGGUGUUGAGUUGGGGCCCCUACAUUAUCGCACAUUAGAGCAUGAUAAAGAUCUUGCAUUGAAAAGAUCUAAUGGUAAUUUCGAUUCUGAAAUGAGUUUGUCCUCACCUAGUAUUGAUGAUUUGAAAUGGUGGGUCUCUUUCCUUCCAACCGCAUAUAGGACAAUCGAUCAUGGUACCCCACAUAUCACUAUGACAACAGAUGCUUCCCAGGUGGGUUGGGGAGCCACAGUUGAUGGACACAACACACAAGGACUAUGGGACGCCCAUGAAACAACAUUUCAUAUCAAUAUUUUGGAACUAUUGGCUAUACAGUUUGGGUUAAAAGCUCUUGUUGAUAAGGUUCAUGAUCAGCACAUCCGGAAUAUGUCCGAUAAUACGACGGCAAUAUCCUAUAUAACUUCGAUGGGGGGAUGUCAGUCUAAAGAUUGUGAUAAUAUUGCUAGAUGGUCAUGGGCUAUUGCUCGGAACAAUUGGAUGUCGGCCUCGUACACCCCAGGGAAACAUAAUAUUACUGCAGAUAAACUGUCUCGGGAGUUUAACAUGACAUUGGAAUGA